GCACUAGGCGCGCGGCGUCCAUGGGGCGAGCUCUUCGGGCCGGCCAGCGAUGGACGACUCCGGGAUCAUACGCCGGAGGCGGCUCCAGAAAGACCUCCCUUUGCCCAGGAAAAGCAGUAGUUGCCGAACCAGUAACAGAAAGAGCCUGAUCCUGACAAGUACAUCGCCGACGCUGCCACGGCCUCACUCUCCACUCCCAGGUCAUAUUGGUAGCAGCCCUCUGGACAGCCCUCGGAACUUUUCCCCCAAUACACCAGCCCACUUUUCCUUCGCUUCCUCCCGCAGGGCAGAUGGCCGGCGUUGGUCCUUGGCUUCCUUGCCAUCAUCUGGAUAUGGAACCAAUACUCCCAGCUCCACUGUAUCGUCGUCCUGCUCCUCCCAAGAGCGCCUUCACCAGCUGCCUUACCAGCCCACCAUGGAUGAGCUGCAUUUCCUUUCCAAGCAUUUCGGCAGCAGUGAGAGCAUUACUGAUGAUGACGGGGGGCGGAGGUCCCCUGCAGUGCGGCCCCGGUCCCGGAGCCUCAGCCCGGGCCGGUCUCCAUCCUCCUAUGACAAUGAGAUAGUAAUGAUGAAUCAUGUGUACAAGGAACGAUUCCCCAAGGCCACGGCGCAGAUGGAAGAGAAGCUGCAAGACUUCAUCAAGAGCUAUGAGCCAGACAGUGUGUUGCCCUUGGCUGAUGGGGCUCUCAGUUUCAUCCACCACCAAGUCAUUGAGCUGGCACGAGACUGUUUAGCCAAGUCCCAGGAAGGCCUCAUCACCACUGUCUACUUCUACGAGCUGCAGGAAAACAUGGAGAAACUUCUAAAAGAUGCCUAUGAGCGCUCUGAGAGUGAGGAGGUGACCUUUGUCACUCAGCUUGUGAAGAAGCUGCUCAUUAUCAUCUCCCGACCAGCCCGACUGCUGGAAUGCCUGGAGUUUAAUCCCGAGGAGUUUUACCACUUAUUGGAAGCUGCUGAGGACCAUGCCAAAGAGGGACACCUGGUGAAAACCGAUAUCCCUCGCUACAUCAUCAGCCAGCUGGGACUUACCCGAGAUCCCUUCCCAGAUGUGCUGUAUGUGGAGGAGCAUGAUAGCGGAGGAUCCAACACACCUGAGACAGAGGAGUUCACAGAGAGUCGUGGAACUACUCCAAAGCCAAAGAAGCCACCGGGAGAAGGAGACUUUGGAACAAUUAAACUCAUAAGCAACGGGGCAUAUGGAGCUGUGUAUCUGGUGCGGCACAAAGAGACCCGACAGCGCUUUGCCAUGAAGAAGAUCAACAAGCAAAACCUCAUCCUGCGCAACCAGAUCCAGCAGGCCUUUGUGGAGCGCGACAUUUUGACAUUUGCAGAAAACCCCUUUGUGGUCAGCAUGUUCUGCUCUUUUGAGACCAAGCGCUACCUCUGCAUGGUCAUGGAAUAUGUCGAAGGCGGGGAUUGUGCCACACUGCUGAAGAACAUAGGGGCACUGCCUGUGGAGAUGGCCCGCAUGUACUUUGCCGAGACCGUCCUUGCGCUGGAGUACCUGCACAACUAUGGCAUCGUCCACCGUGACCUCAAGCCUGACAACCUGCUGAUCACUUCCAUGGGGCACAUCAAGCUGACAGACUUCGGUCUCUCCAAGAUGGGGCUGAUGAGCCUCACCACCAACUUGUACGAGGGUCACAUUGAGAAGGAUGCCCGGGAGUUCCUGGAUAAACAGGUGUGUGGAACCCCCGAAUACAUUGCUCCCGAAGUGAUCCUUCGCCAAGGCUAUGGGAAGCCAGUGGACUGGUGGGCUAUGGGCAUCAUCCUGUACGAGUUCCUGGUGGGCUGUGUGCCAUUCUUUGGAGACACCCCUGAGGAGCUCUUUGGUCAGGUCAUCACUGAUGACAUCUUGUGGCCGGAAGGGGAGGAGGCCCUCCCAGCAGAUGCUCAAGAUCUCAUCUCCUGCCUCCUGCAGACCAUAUCCUCUUCUCCGCCUGGGGGCAGGUGGCGCCCUACGAAGUGA